UAGGGUUCUGUGAUUUGAAUCGGUGAAGAAGGUGAUAUGGUCUACUGAAUCCGUUUGCUUGGUUCCUGAAUCCGAUGUCGCUGUUCGGAUGAUUCUUUUUUUAAACCUCCUCCGGAUGGGGGUUGUCGAGAGAAGGGAGCGUGUCUUUUGUCUUUGAACAAGAUAAUAAGCCCUCUAAAUCGCUCUUCAAACCGGUUCGACCAGAUGGUUUGUCUUAAAAAGAUUGAUUUUAAUCUUCCAACAAAUUAGGUUUGGUUUGCUGGAACUGUGUAAAUUGAAUUCUAAAGGGUUAUAGUAAUAGUUUUUUCACUUGUUUUCGAUGUACAAAAUUAUAAGAAAGAGAAUAUUUUUUUUCUCAGGACUUGGGGAAAGUGAGCAGAGACAUUAAAUGUAAGAAAAAGACAAAGAGGAAGAAGAAAGAAUGAGAGAGAGAGAGACGAAAAAACAAAAAAGUAAUAAUCUUUUUCUUCUUCUUCCUCUUUUCUCACAGAACAGCACAGCAGUACAGCACAAGUCUCUGUCUCUCCUCCAAGUCCCAUGUAUCGCUUCUUCUGUUUGUUUCCUGAGAAAAUUCCACAAAGUCCCUGCAAUCCAAUCUCUUUAUUCGCCCAAAGAUAAUGGCCCAGCAGAUCUCAGACGCACUUCUAACAUUAAAGAUAAAAAGAUACAUAUAGAGAGAUCCCUGUUCUUUUGGGGUGUAUCCCACUUUCUCCUUUUUUGCAUUUUCCCGAGAAAAUAAAAAGACAUCUUUUUUUGUUUCUUUCUUUCUUCCCUCUGUUUUCUCAGCAUCUUCCUCAACUAAAGAAAGAAGAUUUGAGCUGAAACUCUCAGAAAAACCUUUCUUUUGUUCUUGUUUUUUUUCUUCUAAAGGUAGAUCCUUUCUCUCUUCUUGUGUCUUGUCACUUUACUGAUUAUAUAAGGUUUCUGGGUUUCUUCUUCUGCAGAUAUCUAACUCAAAAGUUUCAUCUUUUGCUUCCUUCUUACUUAGCGAUCUUGCUCUAGACUGUGAAGUGAAUGAAAAAAAAUGCAGCAGAACAGCUUUUUCCCGGGGUGCAAUUUCUCAAACCGUGACAAUACGGAUGCGAGAACUGGCCGGAGUUUGUGUCCUGUACAGGACACUGAUACGGUCUUAACCAAUAAUAGUUACGGCGUGAACCUGAAUGUUGAUGGUACACUCUCUUUGUUGUAUGGUGAUCUUUAUCUUAGCCAAGUGAAAGAAGCGUUGAGACACACCAUGCUUGUACAUGAAUCUGUCUUUGGAAGUCAGAUCUAUGAGCUUCAUCGUCUGUACCGAAGGCAGAAGGAAUUGAUGAUGGAAAUGGAGGGAACUCGACAACAAAACGCUAUGUACUUAAAUCCUGUUUUCCCUAUCCCUAGAAUACACUGGAUGAGUUCGAGCAUCUCUGCUUAUCAAACUAGGGGUUUGCCUCAUGAAGAAGACAUUCCUUACCAAAUGGAAGCUGAGCUUCUUGUAGAUAACAAGGUUGAGAAGUUUGAGAAGAAGGUCUUGGAUAUGGAAUUACCAGUUUUCGAGUAUAAUGAUAUGCAUGGAGGAGUCCAUGAAGCUCCAAACUUUUUGAAAGAGCAAUCUCUGAGAAUGAUGUCUUUGGAUUCGGGUAAUCAGUUGAGUAAGCUACAACUUGAUCUGAAUGAACCGGCCAAGAUCGAGGAACAUUCAGAUAAUGUGUUCAGUCAGUUCUUGAGUCCAGUUACAUCAGAUAGGAUUAGAGAAGAGUCUGAUGAUACAAAGAAUGAGAGAGAAAGUUCAUUAAAAGGUUUCAACGGGAUGAAUGAAGCGCAAGAAUCUGUUAAAUGUCGAGAAGAGUACGGAAUUGACUUGAAUAUGUCUCCCCUUUCUUCCGAAGAUGAAGUAACAACUAUUGUUAAGAAGUUUGAAACCGAGAAACCUCAGGAGUCUUCUUCGGUUACGGUUCAUGGGAAACACAGUUCAAAUCAGCCGCGAGUGAAUGUUCAAGCUCUACCAUGUUCAACUAGCACUUUACUUUUGGACAGGCGAUUUAAGUCAUUCUUGAGAGGCUCAAGGUCAAAGAAGAAGGUAAAACUUUGUCCAAGCAACAAAACUUUCCAAGGCUCAAAGCAUGACCCGCACUUGAGUGCUCAAGCCAGCUCAGAGUCUCAAAGCAAUCAAACGAGCAUGGAGAAAGGGAGUUCAAGUUCUUUGUCUGAGGCAAAAUAUGCAGAAAAGGGGACCAAUCUAGGGAAGAAAAGGCGUUGUAAACCACAGAUGAAGUCCAGUAAGGGUCAAAAAGUAGUAGCGAGAAAGAGUGGAAGAAUGAAACGGAAGAAGAGCAGAAAGAUAUCUCUUGUUACGGAAGGAAAUUAUCAAGAAGUGUCUGCAGCUGAGGCUAUAGUACAUAUGUCUAGAAAGUCCGCCACUGAUUAUAUUACUUCCUUAAGUAAAAAUCUUCUUUGGUUCGCCGAGAUUUCUUCUUCGGUUGCAAAGAUGCAAAGAGAGAAGAAGCUAGAGGAGCACGAGACAGGUAUGAGAUGGAAGCAGAGGAGAAGCCGGGCCAGGCAGGGAAAGCGGAAAUGCAAAGAUGACCAGGACGAUGAUAACGCGAGUAUAGGCACAUUUUCAGAAUGUGAAGCCAAUGAGGAUCUGCAGGUACUAGGAAAGCUAAUUGAAGCAUCUGAACUAAAGUGGAAUUGCAGGUUCCUCAAGAACAAGCGCAAAAGCUCUCCUCCUAAACCAAUAGAUGCUUUCACUUUUUGGGGGGAAGAAAAAACAGGUGUUUAUUGGGGAGCCUUGAAAAAGCGAAGACGAAGCUCUAGAAUUCCUGCUGCUGAUUUUACUCACAUGAUCAUCAACCAAGUAGUAUAGCCAAACUAAAGAAGUAAUUACAUCCCUUGCCAUAGUUUGCUUCAUGUUUUUCUUUUGGAGAAUUAAGAGUCUUACUCUUACUGAUGAUGCUUUUUGUAACAAGUCUUGUUCUAAAGAUGAAGACUACAUAGGAGAAACUAAACUUCUAGAAUAUCAGUUCCUCUAAUGCCAAUGACUGUGUUUUUUUA